AUGGGGUCGAAUGAGGAGCAUAAUGUGCAGAUCGAUUCUGGUCCCCAGUUUACAAUUACUGUUCGAAUUGGUGGAAACUUCUAUCUCCUCGACGAGUUGAAAGCUGUUGUUGAGAGCAUUGAGGGAGAAGAGAGAUAUCUGGGAGCUGUUCCCUUGCAGCGUAGACAUGCAGGCGAAAAGGCGGCAGCAGAAGUUUUAGACAUUAAUCAUGACAGUCUCGAUAGUGUAUGGUCAGGGGAGGAACUUGACUUCCAUCAAGUUGUCUUGCUUGACAAAACUCAGGAGCUCAUAGAAGGGUUUCCAUUUUGCCGUCAUCUCCCCGAAUAUCCAGUCCUGGAUUUCGCUCCCCAUGUCAUUCACUCAUCCACUGGACGUGUUUUCAGCGUUCUGAAGCUUUGCGACGACUUCAACAAUGCUUUCGUGGGCGGUACACUACGGGAUGGUCCCAAUAGAUAUCAAUGGCUGAAAAAUUCUACGAAAAUACCAGUGCCAUUCAGAAGGGCCAGGGGAGACUCGGAGCCAGACUUUCCCCUAAAAGACAUGAGAUUUGGUAUCAAGGAUGUCAUUGAUAUCGCCGGGCUGGAAACGGGUAAUGGAAGCAAAUGUUAUCGCGAGUUCUACCCUCCUCGAGACAAUACAGCAGCUUGUAUCAAGAGACUGACAGACGCCGCCGCCAUCAUGGUUGGAAAGCUGAGGUGCGGUCAGUGGUGCGAUGGGCAGGAUCCGCUCGAGCGCAUGGAAGAAGUCACACCUACGAACCCAAGAGGUGACGGAUCCCAGAAACCUUCUGGUUCCAGCUCUGGUUCUGCCGUCGCCUGCGCCAGCUACGACUGGCUGGACUUUACCAUUGGCACGGACACGGGCGGCUCCGUCAGACACCCUGCCGCCGUCAAUGGGGUCUACGGCAUCCGGCCCUCUCUGGGCUCCAUGGAGAGCUCGGGACUGGUCUGCUCUGAUAGAUUGGACACUCCCGGCGUGUUUGCACGCUCAGCGCAAAUCGCGGAACAAGUAUGCAAGGUAAUGUUGAACAAUGAAGUAAAAGCGCAUUACAAACCAGAAAAGAAGCUUCGCUGCCGGCUUCUAUACGCUACCGAGGGAUGGGAUUGGGAGCCUACGGACACCCCAAAGUUCUUUUCUCCCAUACGAAAGCAGCCCAAAGAUCUCACGCCCGCAGAGCAAAUCAUGGAAAAGUUUGUCAAAGAGCUGGAAGAUUAUCUGAACUGUGAGCGGCAAGCAGUGUGCAUCUAUGAUUUGUGGAAAGCUACGCAUCCCGAGGGCACAUCUGCCGAUCUGCUCGAAGCCACGGGCGACGUGUACAAGAAUAUAGUCUACAGCCUGCUCUGGCGCAACACCAUUGUGCCUUUUACACGAGAUUAUUCCUCGCGCCAUGGCAAAAGGCCUUUUAUCGAGGAGAUCACGCAGCGGCGUCUGAGGCACGGCCAGAAUGUAUCAGACUCGGAAUUCCAAGCUUCGGUGGACGCUCUCGAGGCUUUUUCCGGGUGGGUGAACCGCGUCUUGUUGCCGAGUCCUGUCACGGAUGACGACGAGGUGCCUAUCCUCGUCUAUCCGCAGACCUGGGGGAAACCACAGUACCGAAACGACCUCGGCAGGCUCGAGACGGGCAAGACAUUUUGGGACGGCUUUUCCGUGUACUCUCUGGCCUAUAGUUCGGGCUGUCCCGACUUUACUCUACCACUGGGCCAAGCCGAGUUCAAGUCCAAGAUCACGGGAAGUUUUGAGCCCCUCCCCGUGGCCAUCUCCGUCAUGGCGCCUCGGGGUAUGGACAUGGCCUUGUUGAAGCUGGUGGCAGAUUUGGAGAGACGGGGGAUUCUCAGACCAGUCACCUGCGGCUUCUCGCUCCGAGACCAGACCAGAAUGACCUGA